AUAGAGCUAGAGCCGUCAGAUGCUGCAGCGUAUGUUUCACUCUCGAACAUCCUUGCAGAGGUUGGUGAAUGGGAAGAAGUGGAGGAAACUCGGAAGCUGAUGAAAGGAAAAGGUGUAGAGAAGGAACCAGGGUGGAGUUCUCUCUGACAUAAUUGAUAAAGAGAGGGGAUGGAGGAAAAGAAGAGCAAAGUGAUAUUACAUGGGAUGUGGGCAAGCACAUACUCCAAGAGGGUCGAGAUCGCCCUUAAACUCAAGGGCAUAUCCUACGAGUACGUUGAAGAAGAUUUAAAGAACAAGACAGAGUCUCUGAUUCAACUCAACCCUGUUCUCAAGAAGAUUCCUCUUCUUGUCCAUGAUGGUAAGCCAGUGGCUGAUACACAAGUGAUUCUUGACUACAUCGAUGAAACCUGGAAGAACUCUCCUCGUUUCUACCAUGAGGAUCCUUAUGAAAGGGCCCAGGUUCGGUUCUGGGUCAGCUACAUAAACCAGCAGGUGUUUGACGUCGUGGCUCGAGUACUGUAUCAAAAGGGCGAAGCUGCAACAAGGUCUGUGGAAGUGGCUAGAGAGAGAUUCAGAGUUCUCGAAGAGGGACUCAAGAAGCAUUUCCCGAAUAAAAUCAUCAGAGAGAAUGAUGAUGUAGGGCUUUUGGACAUCACCAUCAUCGCUAGUUUUGGAGUCCACAAAGUUUUUCAUGAAUCAAUAGGUGUAGAGAUCAUUGAUCCAGUGAACACUCCAACUUUAUACAACUGGAUAGAGCAGCUGCAAAAGCUGCCUGUGAUCAAAGAAGUUGAAGUGCCACAUGAUAGGUUGGUGACCUUUCUCCAGAAAUAUAGACAAGAGCAUCUCCAGCAGGCUGCAAACGCGUAACGAGAUCAAAAUAUUGGUCUAAAGAUUUAAAUGUCCCAGAGGAGAAUAGAUUAAGAAUAAGAGAGAUUAUCGUUUGAAAGUACAAAAAAUAAGCCCCUGUGACAUCCAUUUAUGGACUUAUAGCAGCUACUAAUGUAUGAGAGUGAAACUAAAUAAAGCGUUUGUGGUAUCUCCA